AUGUAUUAUCAGCUGGUGCCAGAUCAAACCCCAACCACUAGCAGAGGAUCAUACUAUGCAGAACUUCAACAAGGAAGUUUUCUUGUGAAUUUUGGUACAUCUCAAUCAAUGUUUAAAAUAAUUCCCAUCAAUUUUCCCUCCACUGUUAACACUGCAUAUAUAAAAUUAGGUAGUGAUGGGCAUUUGAAGAUAUUCCAUCACAGUAAUGCCAAUGGGUUGAGGGAGAUUGUUGAUAUGAUUACCCAUGAUUUAGGUGAAUGUCAACAUCCUCACCCGUGGUACAACAAUAAUGUUUCAGAUGGGUAUUGUUAUACCCCAUCCACGGUAUUGACAAUUAGAGAAGGGCUAAUCCCAAACCACAGUUUCGCAUUUGCAAAAUUUGUUAAGGUCCAAAUUCCCUAUAAGGCAGCAAACGGACAAGCAAAAGGCACUGUGCCUGACACUUCUCCACCUACUUCACGAAGAAAUUUAAAAGCAAUAAUAGCAAGGUCGUGUGCUGGUGCCAAAGAUUUUAAGGAAAGAUUGGGAGGUGGAGCAUUUGGAACUGUGUUCAAAGAGAUGUUGGAAGAAGGCACUCAGAUUGCAGCGAAGCGUUUGGAUAAAUUGGGCCAAGAGAUAAAGGAAUUCUUUGCUGAAGUUGAGACAUUUGGACAUAUACACCAUGUUAAUCUUGUGAGGUUGAUUGGGUUUUGUACAAAAAAAUCUUGUAGGCUUCUAGUAUACGAGUAUAUGACUAAUGGCUCUUUGGAUAACUGGAUUUUCUGGAAUAACCAGAGACCUUGCCUCAAUUGGCAAAGUGCCAAAAUCUCUAAUUUUGGGUUAUCCAAGUUGAUAAACAGAGACGAAAGCCAUGUUCUGACCACAAUGAGAAAAACUCUUGGAUGUAUUGCUCCAGAGUGGCGACAAGCAAGAGUCACCAUCAAAGCUGAUAUUUAUAGCUUUGGAAUUGUUCUUCUUGAGAUAGUUAGUGGCCGCCGAAACUUCGACAGCACACAAUCAAAAUCUAGAAAACAUCUGCUUCAAGUGUUGCGGGAGAGGGCUGAGUAUGAACUACUUGACAUGGUGGAAAACAUGGAUGAAGGAGUCAAACAAUAUCAUGCUGAGGAGGUGGUCAGGAUGAUAAAGAUUGGAGCUUGGUGUUUGUAG